AAAACAUUCAUUCCUUUUUCCAAAAAUCAUAAAUGCAAUUAAAAAAAGAAAAAAAAAAAGAAAGAGAGUGUGUUUGGUGAAGUCGAAAAUUGGAGUCCAAAACCGCAAUAAAAACAUGGUAGUAGUACACUAGAUUUCUUCACUGAUAAAACCUUAAAAUCCUCAAAAAAGUCACCAUGUACGGCACCGCUGGAGAUGUCAGCAGCCACCUCCGCCUCCUCCCAAGCAGCAGCAGCGCCGGCGCCGGCGCAGGAACUCCCACCAUUACUUACCACCACCAGCUUAUGAUCCCCCUUCCGCCACCUUUCGAUGAUGAGUUCCCGAGGAGAGACGAGAGGCUGCCGCAUUGGAGCAACCAAGAAACGAGGGACUUGAUUGAAAUGAGGGCUCAGGUUGAAUGGGGCUUCACGGCGCCCCAGAGGAACCGGAAUUUGUGGGAAAUGGUUGCACACAGGAUGAGGGACAAGGGUUACUGGAGGACUGCUGAUCAGUGCAAAUGGAAGUGGAAAAAUCUUGUUAGUAGAUACAAGGGGCAAGAACCAUCUGAUAUGGAUACUGUUCAACCAUUUUUCAAUGAACUGCAUGCAGUGUUUACUGCAAGGGCAAACAGACUGCAGCAAUCUCAGGCCGAAGCUGUGACUGUCGUUGCCAAAGGAAGGAGGCUUAACGAUGCUUCAGAGGAUCAAUCCAACGAAGAAUUCACAGAAAAGCAAGAAGCUGAAGAAGAGGUUGAAGUUGAUCAUCAGGCUGGGAAAGGAAGUGCUGUCCCAAAACAAAAAGCUGGCAGAGAGAAACGCCAAAAGACAAGAGAGGAGGACUACCCAGCGCAGCCUGUUGCAAAUGUGAACAAGAAUGAGAGGGUUGGCCUUCGAGAGAUAAUGAGGAAUUUCAUGCAGCAGCAACAGAUAAUCGAUAUGCAGUGGAGGGCGUCAAUGGAGAAGCGUGCUGAAGAGAGGGAGCGGUUUGAGCAGGAAUGGCAACAGAAGAUGGAGAUUCUCGAAAAAGAGAGGCUGAUGAUGGAACAAGCUUGGAGAGAGAGGGAAGAAGAGCGGAGACUGAGAGAAGAGAGACGAGCUGAACAAAGGGAUGCUUUGCUAACAACACUGUUGAACAAGCUCAUCCAUGAGGAGACUACUUAGCAUUGAUCUUAGACGAAUUUCUUCCGGUUUGACAUCCCAUUUUUCAAUUGCUUAUAUCAUGGGAUCAUAUAUUCACAGGCAGUCAAAAAGAGAGAAACAUCAGAUAAAUCAUUGGGUAGGAACUGCUUUUCUAGCUAUCUACAGACUACAGUUAUAGAAACUCUGCUCUCUUGUUUUCUACAUGUUUUAGGUUAUUGGAAACAUAUCAAUCUCUGUUAGGUUUUGAAUAUUAUGGCAGCAUAUCGAUCUUUGUUCCUGUA